UAUUUCCGUCAUUUGCUUAAACCUGUCACGUAGAUUUAAUUUUUGUGCCACUGUUUUCAAGUUAAGCUGGAGUCUUUUCUUUUUUACAUUAUUACUAAGAGAAAUAGCAAGUGAACAACCAGUUUUACUACUGCUGAAAUCUUUCUGGUGAUUGUUUUAGUUGGAUGGGCGAGGACUGGGGAUCCUGGUUUCCUCAGCAACAAUUUAAUUGGCAAUCACCCAAUUUGAAUUAUUUGGGUGCUCCAUUUAACUUUGGGCAGCAGAAUACUCCCCCUUCAUUUUUGAACGCUGGCACUGAUAUGGUUUCUAUGAAGGGGACUUUGCCUGUUUAUCCAUCCCCUGAGCUACCUCACCCGCAUGUUGGUCAAGCAAAUGAAUGUCGUGGUUGGUUUUACUGUUUGCCUGGUUUCCGACAGGCUUUCACGCCUGCUUUAAGCUCUGGUCUCAAAGAGUGGCCUGUCACUGCCCCUUUUGACAAUCAUAAGGAGACCAUUACACCCAAGGUAGAGUCAGGGUGUCCGCAGAAGAGAUACCUUGUUUUUGAUCAGUCAGGCGAUCAAACAACUCUUAUCUUUAGUCCUGGAAUUGGGACUCCUCAACAGUGCUUUACUUCUUGGGGUCCAAAUCCAACUGCUGCAUAUAAUUUGAAGAGGAAAGAUCCUGGUAUUAAAGAAAAUCUGAAUAUUCAUUUAGGGGCUAUUGCAGCUGACCAAUUUGGAGAAAAUAAUGGUACUGAAUUGCAAAGUGAAAUGCACGAGGACACUGAAGAACUGAAUGCCUUACUGUACUCAGAUGAUGAAAGUGAUUCUACCGAGGACGAUGAAGUUACCAGUACAGGUCAUUCACCUAGUACAAUGACAUUUCACAAUAAUCAUGAUUGGUUUGAGGGAAGCACAGAAGAGGUUGCGAGUACUGAUGGGUCAACUAAAAAGCGAAAACUGUUUGCAGGUGACAGUCAUUCACCUGCAUUAAUGGACACUGCUAGUUCAGUGAAAUCCAUCAGAAGCUUUGAGUAUGAUAAUGAUGCUGAAUCUAGGUGUGAAGAUGGCAUGAAGGCCUUAGGUGAGAUGGGUUCAGAACCAACCAACAAAAGGACAAGAAAAGAAAGAAUAAGAGAGACUGUUAGCAUUCUGCAGAGCAUAAUUCCGGGUGUAAAGGGCAAGGAUGCAAUUGUGGUUCUUGAUGAAGCUAUUAAUUACUUGAAAUCCUUGAAGCUCAAAGCAAAAACUUUAGGGCUUGAUGCUCUCCCUCAGUAGCAAAACUUCAUCAAGUAAAUAUUAGUAGUGGCACUAGGUUUUAUCAGUUACUUGUUAAUUACUAGAAGUUAAUGGUGUGUGCAGAAUAAGGCAGGUAAACCUGAACUGGGCAUGGUCUAAGGAUUUGCUCAAGAUAAAAGAGUGCAAAGCAUGUGCAGACUGGAAAGAGAGAGGAUCAUGGAAUCUCUACCGUAGUCUAUAAUCAGUGACAGAUUUCGAAAUCAGCAAGCUUUGAUUGUCAACAUCUUCUAUAGUUCCUGUAAAGAUGAAGGCAAGUGCAGCGUAAUAUGUCCCAAUAAAGGAAAGAGGUUGAAUCAUUAAGCAUGUCUUAGGGUCUAGAUAAAGUAGCACUCAACAUCUGGGCGUGGGAGAAUGGCUGUGUGAACGAGAAGACUAGUUAUUCUAGAGGGACCCUCUUGGAAGGAGGACGAACGCACGCUGCUUGUGUGUUUUGGGGCCCAACUCUCACUUUCGCCACCCUUUUUGUAUUCUUGUCAUUUUUUUUCUCCUGCGGGGUUGCCACUUUCUUGAUGUGUAACAUUGCACGAGUAAGGGCCGCCUUCGUAUUUCAUCCUGGCAAGCCUCUGGGGCCCCCUGAUUUGCCAUUCCAUGUUUCUUCUCAGGCAUUCUCACAAUGUCAGCACUGUGCGCAGGCAUUCCAAUGGGCUAGUUUCCUUUUUUAAUGCGUAUUGUAAUUUGAUUGGUGAAGAACAUUUAUGUUUGUCUACUUAUUUGCCUCAAAUCUCUUGGGGUUUUCUAGAUGAUGACUCUGGAUUUGGAUGGUUCGAUGUAAUUUAAAUUUGCUUGGUGUUAUUUGUUGUCUUUA